CUCUCUCUCUGCAUCUCACGCGCGCAACUAUAACCACAACCUCCGGUUAGCAUAGAAACUAACGCUCUAACCUGUUUUGGUUACCAUUUAUUAGCGUCUUUGAUUUUUUUCAUAUUUCUUCCCCAGUUCUUUGGCUUCUAUUUAUCUGUUUUUGCUUUUAUCUUUUUCCCAUCGUCUUCGUCUGAAAAAAAAAUUCUCUCUGGGACAUAGAUACCUCGGAAUAUAUCUGAAUAAUUCCAAUUGGGGUCUUCUUCUCUGGCGGCUCUUCUUCCAUUUUAGAGAAUGGGUAAGGAUGAAAAAGAUCAUGAGGAUACAAAGGAGGGUUCUGGGUUAAAUGAGAAUCGUCAAGAAGGGUGUUCUUCAAAGGAAGGGAAGGGGAAGAGAUUGUGGAAUAAAGUGAAGUACCAGCUAGUGGAGUACCACUCUUUGCCUGGGUUUUUAAGGGACAAUGAGUUCAUUCUUGGUCAUUAUCGGUCCGAAUGGCCUUUGAAACAGACUUUACUCAGCGUUUUCACCAUUCACAAUGAGACCCUCAAUGUAUGGACGCAUUUAAUAGGGUUCUUCCUCUUCCUUACCCUGACCAUUUACACUGCAAUGAAGAUUCCCAAGUUUGUGGAUCUCCCUACCAUACACCAUUUCCCUGAUGUGUUGAGAAAAGCUGAUAUGCACAAACUGCAUGCAGAACUUUUGACUUGUCUUCCUUCCUUGCCAAACAUGCCUGAUUUGCAAACAUUUCGGGAGGAGUUAAAGACGUCAAUAUUGCCUUCCAUGGAUUUGCUACCAUCACCAUCGAACUGGUAUAUUGUAGAAUUGCUCACAAACUGUUUGCCUGAGCGAUUCUCCCAUUCCAACCAUACAGAUGUUUGUCUUUUGCUUAGCAUGAAAGAGGAAUUGGCAAACAUAAUUGCUCCCUUGAUGAAGAGGCCAAUCACACGAUGGCCAUUCUUUGCUUUCUUGGGUGGAGCCAUGUUUUGCUUGCUAGCCAGCAGCAUAUGCCAUUUGCUCUUAUGUCACUCACAGCGUCUAUCAUACAUCAUGCUUAGGCUUGACUAUGCUGGCAUUGUUGCCCUCAUAUCGACUUCCUUUUAUCCUCCUGUCUACUAUUCCUUCAUGUGCUACCCCUUCUUCUGCAAUCUUUACAUGGGAUUCAUAACACUCCUGGGAAUUGGCACAAUCCUGGUUUCUCUCCUUCCUGUGUUCGAAAGCCCCAAAUAUCGUGGCCUUCGUGCAUGCCUCUUCUCCGGGAUGGGUCUACUGGGGAUAGCACCCAUUUUCCACAAGCUUAUCUUGUUCUGGCAUCAGCCUGAGGCACACCAUACAACUGGAUAUGAAAUUUUGAUGGGGGCUUUCUACGGUCUUGGAGCGCUUGUUUAUGCAACGAGGGUUCCAGAGCGAUGGAUGCCAGGUAAAUUCGACAUUGCUGGACAUAGCCACCAACUUUUUCAUAUAUUGGUAGUGGCAGGGGCCUACUCUCAUUACCGGGCAGGGCUAGUUUACCUCAAAUGGCGAGACCUGGAAGGGUGCUAAUAGUUCAUUGGAGAAGGAUUGAACUAAGAGUUGGAAAUCUCUGCUUGUUAGUGUACCAAUAGGUGAUUCAGAGGUGUAUAUGUAUGCUGUGUGAAGAGGUUCUAUUCACCUUCUUCUAAUGUGAACAACAUCAUCAAUUAAUUGUUGGGUAUAUAGGCAUUAUUUUCAGCUGGGAUCAAACAAGAAGUUCAAUUUAGAUUUCUCCAAACUGUUGGAUUUAGAGAAAUUUAGCUAGUUGGAAAUGUCUGCUUGUUAUUGUACCAAUAGGUGAUUCAUAUGUAUACAUAUUUGUAGGUUGAAGAGGUUAUACCCACCUUGUGGUAAUGUGAACUUCUUCAUUAAGCAAUUGUUGGGUUUAUCGACCUUCUUGUUAUAUGUAAUCAAUCAUUUGUGAAAUAAAAGAAGCAGUAGGUUUUCCGAGG